AUGGGAGAAUGCACCAAGGACACGGCCUUUGCCAUCAUGGAUCACUACUAUAGUCAAGGCGGCAACUUCAUCGACACCGCGAACAACUACCAGCUUGGCCAGUCCGAGGAAUGGGUAGGCGAAUGGCUUGCGUCUCGUGGCAAUCGCGACGACAUUGUGCUAGCAACGAAGUACAACAGCGCCUACAUGACGCACGAUAAGCAGCGGCUUCAGUCCAACUACGGCGGCAACAGCAUCAAGUCACUCAAGCACUCUGUCGAAAAGUCCCUGAAAGCGCUACAGAUCUCCUACAUCAACGUUUUGUACCUCCACUGGUGGGACUAUUCUGCCUCUAUUCCAGAGGUGAUGCACUCGCUUAACGAUCUGGUCGUGUCUGGCAAGGUGCAUUACCUGGGCAUCUCGGAUACCCCUGCCUGGGUGGCAGCCAAGGCGAACCAAUAUGCGAGGCUGUCGGGCCUUCGCCAAUUUGUCGUUUAUCAAGGCAAUUGGAAUGCUUCCAUGCGAGAUUUGGAGCGAGAAAUUAUCCCAAUAUGCAUGAGUGAGGGCAUGGGUAUUUGUCCCUGGGGAGUUCUCAAUGCUGGCCGCUUUCAAACCGAGGAAUGUUUCAAGGAGCGCGAGAAGCACAACUCUAGACGGCAAAACACGGCAUCGGAGCAUGACAAGAAGGUAUCAAAAGCACUGGAAAGGGUUGCCAGCACGAACGGCGCAUCUCUGACAGAUGUCGCUCUGGCGUAUGUGAUGCACAAGGCUCCUUUCGUGUUUCCCAUUGUUGGUGGCCGAAAAUUGAGUCACAUUGAGGGCAACAUCAAGGGGCUUGGGACUACUCUUACCGAGGAGGACAUCCAGACAAUUGAGAGGUCUCAUAACUUUGAUCCCGGAUUUCCUCACACCUUCCUGAGUGGUACCUCACUUUUUGACGGCCCUCCUCGGGGGGCGUAUCACCCAGGAGACGUAUGGCUGACCAAGCUCAUGGGCAACUUUGACUGGGUUGAAGCUCCUCAAGCGAUUACCCCCAAGACCUCCUAA